AUGUUGUGGGUCGACAAAUACCGCCCCAACAAGGUCGAUGAUAUCGACCAUCAUGCCGAUAUCAAGGCCGUCUUAGGCACCGCGUUGAAGACGGGUCAGUUGCCAAAUCUGCUUUUCUAUGGUCCUGCAGGAACUGGGAAGACAUCAUUAAUCUUGGCCUUUGCAAAGGAGUUGUACGGGGUGCAUAACUACAGGAGUCGGGUGUUAGAGUUGAAUGCAUCUGACGAAAGAGGUAUCGAUGUUAUACGUGAUCGAGUGAAGCAGUUUGGCAAAAUGGUUGUUGGUUCUGGCCGUGUAUCCUGGAAGCUCAUUAUAUUGGAUGAAAGCGAUAUGUUAACGACGGAUGCUCAGUCGGCUCUAAGACGAGUUAUGGAAGACGCUAGUCGUUAUACUCGAUUUGUUUUGAUUUGUAAUUACCCGACCAAAAUUAUCGACCCUGUUGCCUCGCGUUGUGCCAAGUGCCGCUUUGAGGCCAUCCCCCCUUCGAUGCAGCUCCAACGACUCCGUUUCAUAUCUAACAACGAAGGCAUAAACAUUUCCCCACAGGCUCUCGAAGAAAUUACCAAAAUCACCAAAGGAGAUUUGCGAAUGUCCAUCAACAUUCUACAGUCAUGCGCCUACCUUAGCAAAACCGAUGCACCCAUCCACAUCAACCAGAUCUGGGAACUGGCAGGCUUACCUUUGGAUGAUCAAGGCAAUGCCAUCAUUUCCAUCCUAACCGACGACGUCGAACAAAGUCUCAGCACCGUUAUUGAUGGCGGAUGGAAUGUUCAGGCCCUCUUUGAAAGCCUCGCUCUAGAACUCGCUACCACAACAAAAUUAAGCCAGGCGGCCAUCAGCAUUCUUUUUCAAGAACUCGGUCAAUGCGAGAAGGCCUUGUGCCUUGGAGGUAAUGAAAAAUUACAGCUAAGACUAUUGCUGUACCGAGCGUUCCACCUUAGGAAAGCAGGUCAGGAAGCUUCUGGCAAGAAAUAG